GCGAACCAUGGAAAUGGGGAAAGAAGAAAAUCCUCCACGGAAGCCGCCAUCUUAGAAAGUGGUGAAAAAGUGUGGUAAAAAAAUUCUCUUGCUCUUUGGGACUGUUUUGUGUGAAUUUUUAUCAGCAAAUUUCUAUAUUACAGCAGCAUUCGUGCAAAAAUACCAGCGUCUUACAAUCAAUUAUCUCUGUCAGAUAGAAGAACAACGUGUCUGAAUUUGUGGAACUUCUAGAGCCAUUCAGGAUCUCACAGCGCAGCUUCUCUCUCUCUUUGUAAAGAAGAUUUAUCGAGUCUACUCCUGAAGAAAGUGUGGGAGUGGAUUUGGAAUCGCGCCUUUCAAAAGGACACGAAAAAAAAGUGUUGAACAUCUAUAGGAAGUAUUUUGGAAGAAGGAGAAGGAUCAGCAGCCAGACAGUAUGACUGAUUCAAUGAAAUUUGGCCCCGAAUGGCUUCGCAAUAUGUCCAAUGACACGGGCACGGGGACAGGAACAACAUCGCAACGACAUCAAUUGGCAGAAUUUCGGUACGGCAGAGAGGAAAUGUUGUCACUCUUUGACAAAAACAUCAAAGUCCCGGAAAUUUUGCCAAAAUUCAAAAAUCUCUUUGUGGAAAAAAUACAGUGUCCACUCGCACUAACGCCCAGUACUGAAGAUGAUCUGCGCGUGUGGCAGGUGCGCAGUUCACCAGGCUUAGGAUUGUCCAGUCGAGGGGCACGUGGGGGCCUCAUAGAUCGAGGUCGUGGACGAGGACGCAGUUCAUAUCACUCUCUGGGCGGAUAUCAGCGUUCUACGUCACUGUAUGAUGAAGAAGGGAGAAUCAUCGGUCGCGGAGAACGAUGGCCAGAACGAAAUGGAACGGAGUCGAGUGAUUGGAAUGGAUUGUCGUCGACGAGCCCUCGAAAGGAUUACAACUCACACGGCCGUGGGGGGAGUCAGGAGAAUUGGCGACGUAGCCGUCUGGAGGAUGAAACAUCUGAAGGAUGGCGAAGUACCUCAAUUCCUGGUUCGCGCGAGAAGUGGACUCGUUCCACGAGCUGGCGCGAAGAGGAACCCGGUGAGAUUUCCUCAUCUCUACGUGGCUACAAUAGCGAUCGGGGAUUUGCCGGAGGUACACGAAUGAUCCCCACCACGGGACGCAAGUUCUGGGAUCAGGAGGAUAAUCUGCCGGAGUGGGCAAUGGAGAAUCCCCUCGAAAGUGGUGGGAGCUUCGAUGCCACGGGUGCUUUUCACGGGUCGGAUGAUGAAUUGGGCGGCGGGAAGGGUGCUGGGGGUGAGAAUGACAAAGAUGGGCCUCCGGGUAAGGGGAGACGUGUCAUCAGCCGUGCUAGUUCCUCCUUUUCUGGGUCUGACAACAAUGAAGCUGAUUCGGAAAAGAGUGGAAAUGAUGAAAAUGUAAAUUCACUACCCGUGAAGGAUGAGAGUGAGGAGAAAGAACUCAAAGCACCCCCCAAUAUCCCCCCGGUGGAGGAGAAGAAGGUUAAUUCAGUGGAAAAGAGGGCAAUUGAAGAUGGAAUUAGAUGUGAGAAUCCCCGUAAAAGUCCAAAUGCCACGGUGAGUCAGGAGAAAGUGGCCACGGUGAUUGUCACGACGUCAACCACGAUAAUUGCUUCGUCGAUUGUCACAACAACUGAGGCGCGUGCCCCAAGUGGGGACAUGCCGCAGAAUCAGCAGAUGAAGAAGGAAAUUGUCGAGAUUGCCAGCGUGGAUAGAAUGCAAGAAGUUGCGGACGAUAUGGUGGAGAAGUUGAUAAUGGAGGAUGAAUUGGUGGCAUCAAUGGGUGUUCCGGGUGCGGGGGCGUCUCUCGUUGCCUCCGUAAGGAAUAAAAUGCAUUCACCAAUGGUGAAAGAACCCCAACCACAAGCCCCACAUGCACCACCGCCAAUGCCGAUGAAUCAGGAGACUGAAAGUAACCUCAUCUGGUUCUACCGGGAUCCUCAGGAUAUGGUACAAGGACCAUUUACGGCCAUUGAAAUGGCUGAAUGGUAUCAGGCAGGGUACUUUGAUGAUAAUCUCUGUGUACGCCGUAUGGGUGAUCAGAGAUUCUCAAAAUUGGGUGAACUUAUUGAGCUGUGCGGUGGUGAGAUGCCCUUCUUUGCACCCUAUCGCAUCCUUCCGCAGCAAAUGAAUGAAGCCCCCGUGGCUCCGGUCAAUCUCAUUGACGAUCCGUCCGUCUCCAUGAACUUCCAAAUGUUGCGACAGCAUUACUUGGUGCGGCAACAGGCACUCGUGUACCAGAAGCUCUGCACAUCGGACUUUUGGCACAUGCUGACGGCGGAUCAGCAGCGUGAGAUGAUAAAUAAGCAGGUGGCACUAAUGGGUGUCCCGGAUAAUAUUUACGCCCUCCUUGCGGCUAUGCCGAUGGAUUCUGUGCCCCAUAGUCACCCGAUGGGGCUGCAGGAGUUAAUGGGUGGUCCGGGUGGGCCAUUUGGUGCCAGUGCCCAAGCAAAGAUGCUGCAAAUGCACCAUCAAACGUCAAAAAUGAUCAAUUCCGCCCAUCCAGCGCAACCGGGAGGGGCACCAUUGCACCCAAUGGGACCCUUUGGGGGUGGUCCCCAUGUUCCUGGACCGAGUUUCCCACCACAGGUAACGGCAAAUAUGAAUAUAGGUAAUUUGGUGCAGCAGCAACAGCAGCCGCCACCACCGCAAAUGGGUGCACCUACAAUGGGCCAUCGGAUGCCGAUUGUACCGCAAAUGCAGGCGGUGCAGCAGAAGAAUGACCAACAGAGCCAAAAUGACCGCAUAAAGUCACUCAUUUUGCAGCUAAGCAUGCAAAAGGGGAUGCCUCAGGGACAGGAGACAAACAAUACGUCCCAAUGGGGCUCAAUGCCACCACCACAGGAAGAUUUCCUGGCUGCCCAGAAACAACCACCGUGGAUGGGUGGUGGUGGUGGUGGCGGUAAUGGUGGUCAGGUAGAGGCUCAGCCACGGGGAAUGUGGGAUCUUGGGGCAACACCACCAAUGCAACCCGGUCAACCACCGCAGAUGCCGUCGAAUAUUGAGAUGAAGACCGAGAAGCAGAUCCUGGAGGAGCAACAGCAACAGCAGCAGCAGCAGCAACAACUGGCGCGUGCAAAGAUGAAUGAGGAGAAGAGGGAGAAUUUCUACGAGGUCCAUCAACCACCAGCGGAGCCCCACAAAUUUCAGGAGAUGAAAAUUCAGGAUGUGCCGAAGGUGGAGAAGAGUGGGAAGAAGGAGGAGAAAAUCCCACCGAAUACAGCGAAGAAGGUGGAGGAGAAGGCUGUGAAGAGUCAACAGCAGCAGCUGCCCCAGGAGGAGAAGCCCGUGCGUGGGGGAAAGAAGGCGCCGGAGCCGAAGAAUCAGCCACAAGCAAGUAAGCCCAAAGAUGAGGAAAAGAAGCGCGAGGAGGACAAGCGAAGGAACCAGAAGAGGCAGCAUGAGGAGGAGAAGCGAAAGCCCAGUGUGCAGGAGGAGAAGAAGGAGGUGCAACAGGAGGUUGUGAAGCGUGGUGCUGGGCAAUCGAAGAAUCUGCAGGGUCAGACGGUGGGGAAGAAUAAGACAAGUAAGUCCUCGGUGGCGCCAUGGCUGAAUAGUGAUGUUGCGGCGCCCGGAAUGAGUUUGGCUGAGAUUCAGAAGGCUGAAAUGGAGCAUAGGGCAGAGCAGUCACGGUAUGAGCAACUUCUGCGGGAGCAGCAGCAACAGCAGCAGCGUCUUGUGGACAUGCAGACGGCCAAGGAGAGUGUUCUGCCCAAAUGGAAUGCUCAAUCGCUCGGGGUGCCGGUUGUGAAGUCUCUCGCUGAAAUUCAAGCGGAAGAACAAGCAAAGGCAGAGCGAGAGCGUGAAUUGGCUGCCGCAGCAGCGGCUCAAUCCAAUUCAAUGGCACCUAAGGGUUCGGGUAAGCGCGAAGAGGCCAGCUCCUUGGCAUUGGGUUCCAUUUGGAAUAAUACAGCUCAGAGUUUGACGUGGAAUUCGGGUAAAUUGUGGGGUGGUACGAGCAACAGUGGAUUCUGGGAGGAACCCACGAAGCCGAGUACAUCCUUUGCCACGGCCGCGGCAGCUGGGGGCGCUCCCGCGGCCCAGAAAGCCCUCGCAAAGAGUCAAACAAUGACUAACAUCCAGACUGCCAAGACAACCACACCGGCCACAAGUCAGGCACCCAAGCAGAACGCUAAACCCGUGAAGCCGUCAUCGUCGAAUGCCAAGAGUCAACAACCGAGUGGACCCACGAAGAAUGCUGGGGCAUCCGGGAAGGCAACGCGAAAGGAUGAUGGUGGCACGGAGUUUACAGCGUGGUGCAUGAAGGCACUCACCGCGAUGAAUAGCACCGUUGAUAUUCCCACUUUCGUGUCUUUCCUACAAGACAUUGAGUCGCCGUAUGAAGUCAAGGACUACAUUCGAAUGUAUUUAGGAGAGACAAAAGAGUGUACUGAAUUUGCAAAGCAAUUCCUCGAACGGCGAAGCAAAUAUAAGAAUCAAAUUCGUGCUCAGAAUGCACAUGUGGACGACAUGUGUUCUCCGGCACCGGCGAUAACGCCAUCAACAGACUGCCAGGAAGUUAAGGGCAAAGGCAAGAAGAUUAAGAAGAAUAAGAUGAUGAAAUUGGAUUCCCGCAUUUUGGGCUUUUCUGUAACAGCAGCCCAGGAUCGCAUUAAUGUUGGCGAUCGUGAUUAUCCGAAUGCUUCCUAAAUAUCCUUGAUAUUUAUUUCGCAGAAAGAAGGGAGAAGAGAGAGAGAAAAAAAGAGAAAUAAGAGAAAACAGAAAUAUAUAUAAUAAUUAUGACUCUUUAAAAAAAAACAUAAAAGAAAA